UGAACACUCGUUGUGAGAACUGUCGUUUUCUCAUGCAUGCAAGAAUAAGCAAAAUAGAUUCCCUCAUUCAAUAUUUCUUGUACCAGUGCGCUAUUUUUUUGAUUUGCGCAAGAGAUAAUUUAUCUGUGUAUGCAAUUUUUAAAAUCUUAGUACAAUAUUAUUGUAUGUUUGUUAAGAUUUUUGAAUAACGAGUCAUUGCAAGUGACCAUCAUCUCAAGUUUUUUAAAUAAACGGUAUCCUUAGAUGAUUUUGUUUUAUUUACUAAAAAAUUAUUUAACACCAUGAAAUUGGCAAGUAAAUAACAUUUUCCAAUACAUGGGGUAUGAGUUUGAAAUGUUGUGGUACAUGUAGUGGAGUCUCAUUGUUACUCUGAAUGUGGAACACUGAUUGCAUUCAAACCUAUACCCCAAAGCCAAACUAUAAACGUGGCAAUAUUAUUGUUCCCAGCUCAGCUUUAUAAACCUUAAACAUAUUUCUAGUUAUCACCAAACACCAAUUAUCCUAUCUAAGAACUGAAUCAACGAGAAUGAAUAUUUUUUAAUGUUGUAAAAAAUGGCAAAAUUUAUGUAUCUUGAUGUGUUUUCUCUUCCUGUAUUUACUUUUUUAAUAAUUUAGAUAUUAUUUUUAGGCUCAUAUAAAUGAACUUCCCUUGUUUGAAACUUGUUAUUGGAUAAUGUUUCUGUUUCACAGAGUUUUACAGCUAUGGCGAAUAGGUAUUUAAGGCCUGAGUUAACAAAUGAAGAAGUGCAUGAAUGGUUUGCUUCAGUUGAUGGGAAAGUAAAAUCUAGGCCAAACUUUCCCGCUAUUCUUUUCACCGGCCGCGGCAUUGUGCGAAAAAAAACAAGCACUCAAUCCGCUGAAAAUCCUUCAUACUGUGUAGCCCAUGGAAAGGAUGCCUGCUUUGAGGAUGAAUCCACUGUUUAUGAAGAUACACUGUUAGAGAGUGCUGAUAUGGAACAGCUGGAUUUGGAAACUUUACCACCUUUGAUAGAUUUUUCGAAAUACUACGACAAUCCAGAGUCCCUGGAGGUUUACAGGCACUAUAACUUCACUCAUGAUUACAAUCCCAAUCUACCUACAACUGAACACAGAAAAAAGAUUUUGGCUAUCAUUGAGCAGCAGCCCGUUAGCAUUAUUGAAGGGUGUACAGGAAGUGGUAAAACAACUCAAAUACCACAGUUUAUUCUAGACGAGGCUGCAAGAAAAGAAAAAUAUUGCAACAUAUUGGUCACACAACCAAGAAAAAUUGCUGCAAUCAGCAUUGCUCGCCGAGUGAGCCAGGAAAGAGAUUGGCAAGUGGGUGGCCUUGUUGGGUACCAGGUUGGUUUGGACAAAAUGACAUCACCCGACACCAGAAUCACUUAUGUAACAACUGGUGUGUUUCUUCGUCGUAUAAUCAUGUCAAAAAGCUUAAACGAAUUCACUCAUAUCAUUUUGGACGAAGUGCACGAACGAGAUCAAGAAACUGACCUUGCAAUGCUUUUGGUUCGAAAACUUCUCAACUACAAUUCCAAAUCAGUGAAGGUUAUCCUUAUGUCGGCAACUUUUGACAUGAACGAGUUAUCAGACUACUUUGGUUCUUGCAUUUAUGGAAAAGUCAUUAAAGCACCCACUCUAAAAAUUGCAGGCGAAAUGUUCACAGUAACCGAACAUUAUGCAGAUGAACUCACACCACUUGGUUGCCCCAUGCCAGCUUGUGAUCUUGCAAAUCCUGAAGUUUUGGACGAGGCUUAUACACUUGCUGAUAAAAUCAUUGCUCACUUUGAUAAGCUUGAAACCGGCCUGCAAACUCCUCAAGCUACGAUGUCCAUGGAUUCUUCGAAAAGAGGAUCUGUACUUGUGUUUUUACCAGGUAUUCAUGAAAUUCGGGAGUUGGAGCGGAUCUUGAAAAUUGAAAAAGAGAAUAGAAGGUAUCAGAUAAUCCCUCUGCAUUCCAGCAUUACUUUGGAGGAACAAAGUCUUGUGUUCUCCAAACCCAAACUAGGUUUCCGGAAGAUUAUUCUUUCUACCAACAUCGCUGAAAGCUCGAUCACCGUACCAGAUGUGAAGUAUGUCAUCGAUUUCUGCUUGACUAAGUGCAUGGUGUGUGAUCUUGAUACCAACUACCAAAGCUUGAGACUGCAGUGGGCGUCUAAGGCAAGUGGAAAGCAGAGAUCAGGUCGUGCAGGACGUGUAUCCAACGGAAAAGUUUAUCGUCUUGUGUCUAGGAAUUUCUGGUCAACAAACAUUGCAGAAUAUGGCAUUCCUGAAAUGCAACGUUGCUCUCUUGAAAGUGCUAUUCUUAAAGUCAAGCUGCUAGGAAUGGGUGCUCCCAAGUCAGUAUUGUCGCUUGCAUUGUCACCUCCAGACCUACACAACAUCGGACGUACGGUUCUGCUUCUCAAAGAAAUUGGUGCACUGUCAACAACAAUUGAACAGAAAGUUUAUGAUGGAAAGCUUACAUUUGUUGGUAAGGUACUUGCAGCUUUGCCUCUUGACAUGCGUCUGGGAAAGCUACUUAUUCUUGGUUAUGUAUUUGGUUGUCUGGAUCAGUGUUUGAUAAUUGCUGCCUCUCUUGCCAAGUCAAGCUUCCUUGCCACACCAUACUACCUAGAGUUGGAAUCCUUUAAGCAGAAGCUAACAUGGGCUAAAGGAAGCUUCAGUGACUGCAUUGCCAUGCUAAAUGCCUACCAGAUGUGGGAGAGCUGCAGUAGAUCAAGUAUCUUCAGAAGGAAGAGUGAUGAGAUGGAUUGGGGUAAAAAAAACUUUAUUCAGAUCCGGAAGGUUCAUGAUGUCCACACCUUAGUAGAUGAGCUUCGAGAUCGUUUGAGCCAAUUUAACAUUCGUUCCAAUGAUUUGUGUUUUUGGUCAUCUCAGGGUAAAAAGGAAUGUGAGCUUAUUCUUAAAGUGAUAAUGUCUGGGGCAUUUUAUCCCAAUUACUUUGAGCUGCUUCCAUCUGACGGAGAUGUUGCUUCAAAAGAGAUGUGCCUGCUCGAUCCAACCACAACUGUAAUGUUUCGUGGCUUUCCUCCUAACUGUGGUGGAUUGUUGUUCAAAGAUUCCAUCAUUGAAAACACCAAGGGAUGUGGAAAAGCUAAGAAAUUGUACUACGAUGGUUCCAAAGCAUUUAUUGAGUUUGAAAAAGAUACGACCAUUGAAACGAAGGAUGUCUACCCAGCUGUAUACCUGGCAAGCCGAUUAAGCAACUCAAUGCGACCAUUACAAUUCUUUAAAAGUUAUGAACUUGCUCCCGAAAACAACGACUCUAAAAUUUUUCUAUAUGAGGAUGCACAGAAAAAAAGGUACAGACAAGAAGUAAUGAAACCAAGCGGUAUGGUCUGGUUCCCUAUUUUUGUGACCCACAUAAACUCAGUCUCUUGUUUUUGGGGUUACAAAGCAUUGUCAAAAAAUAAUGAAAUAAUGGACACUAUUGAAAACAUGGUUGCUGAUUGCUAUGCAAGGUAUUCUACUACAGAAGUUAUACCGGUAAUGGACAAGCUGUUUCUUAUAGCUUUAACUUACAACAACGUAACACAGCAUUACAGAGCUGUGAUUACCAGAAUAACACCUUCAAUUUCAGUUUGGUGUGUCGACUACGGCAACAGUGUGUACAAUGUGGACAUAUGUUCAUUAUGCAAAGUAUCCCCACAAUUGGAGCAGAUACCAUUUCAAGCCAUAGCCUUCCGAAUGCGCGGUGUGCAGCAGCUGGAAUAUGUACCGGCUUUAAAGACUAAAUCUUUUAUUUUGGAAGCGGUUCAGUCAUCCAAGGGCAUCAUGAUGGCAAAAGUAUAUUCUGUAUCCGCUGGCACUGUGAAUGUGGAUCUGUUCACCAAAGACGAUCGGUACAUCAACGAGCUAUUGGUUACGAAUGGCUUGUGUGAGUUUGCAAAUGAGAGCAAGGUAUCAGAGAUAAGCCACAAGAGUUGGAAGAUGGCAGAAGAGGAACAUGUGGUAGAUGAAGAAUUGUUUGCUCAAAAACAUCCCGGCAUGUGGCACGAACUUGAUCAAAGUAUAAGAGUUCCUACAAAAAGAAAACUGCAUUACCAACGAAUACAUGGCCCGAGGUCGCCAUUUGAAGGAAGUUUUUCAUCUUUGAUGAAGGUUGGAAGAUGUAGGAAAGUAAGAGUGGAUCGCAAUAGCAUCAACUCAUUCGCCAUAAAUCUCAGUCGUGAGAAAACUGGAGGUUCAGUGAUGAUGUCUGCUGCUGAAAUUGGUAUCAAUCAAAGUGGAACUACAAUGCUUGCGAGAAGCACUACCAUGCUUCCAUCCAUAAACGGUCUUCGAUCUCUGCUUCUACUUAUCUUCUGUCCGAUUAUGGAACUCCGGGUGGAUGUGGAAGAACAGCAUUACACGGGAGCAAUCUGCGGACUCGGAGCAGCAAAGAUGUGCAAUGGGGAAUGGAGGUCAAUUCUGCCUGAUCAUGACAUUGAGGUUGUGUUUGACACCAAGAUCACCAGCCAAGAUGUGAUUGACGUCAACAGCAUCAGAAUGAUGAUCAACAUGGCUGUUGGAAGUCAAGAAUCUAUAUUGGGUGGGCAAGCAAUUCAUCGCUUGCAGGGCAACGCAAGGAAAAAGUUGUUGGAUUUGAUAAGCAAAGAACGACAGCUAAUUACACAGGAUAACAUGAUGCAUAGCUAUAAAUGGCGCCUUAAUCCUAAAUCCAAGAUAGUACCUCAUCAUAUAUCUGAUUCCGAAGCAGAUAAAAAAGACUUUUAUAGACUCCAUGAUGGUGUGCUGCUCAAACAGACCAAAAAGCCGAAUCCUUACCAGCCAAGUUAUAUGUGAAUUUUCAAACAUUGUGACAUUAUAAAACCCUUUGUUAAAUUUUCACAGGAUUAUGUUCAUUUAAAUUAUGAUUUUAUUUCUCAUAUUCAAUCCUAUUCAUGUGCUUUGGCAUUUUUGUAUUUGCGUACUGGUACUGCUUUUUCUUUGCCAAGAAUAUCCUUUGUUUUUAUAUUUAUAUGCCCAUUUGCCAAUUUUUAUAGCCUAAUUUACAAAUUGACAACAUAUUUCAGUUUUUCCAUUCGUUUAUAGUACAUGCGGCAAUUUCUUUAACCUUCUGUUCAUUUUUUUCAUAGAUUAAAGACAACAAAUGUUAAAAUUAGAAUAGGAUUUGUGCCUGUUGGAAUCAUUACAACAAACAAAAAGAAAAGUUGUUGAAAUCUGAAACAAAACUAUGUAAGAAACCAACCAUGUAUGAUGAUUCACACCUCACUUUUAUGUUGUUUAGUUUCACAUGGAAUAAUCUAUUCACAACAUUAGGUGUUUUAAGUUACAUUUUACUAAAACUUAGCUAUUAUUAUUAUUUAUUAAUACUGUAUAUAAAUAAUAGUUUUCUUGUAAACUUAUUUAAAAGGGAUUUCCAAUAGCUUAUAGUUGUAUGUUUUUUGUACAUUUUAUAAACAUUAGAAAAACAAACUGGUCGCGUUUUUAAAACUGUUUGUAUAUAGUGAUGCGAAGGGGGAUCUAGUUGUUGCAAAAUUUUAAGUAAUAAAUAAGCCUA